GUGUUUGGUUUUAUUCUCAUGUUAUGACACAAGGGAAUUUUUAUGGGUUAUUCCCAUUCCACUUCUUUUGCUUAAAGCUCAACCAUUAUCUUUGUUUCUCACCUUCUACACCUUCUGCGUAUCUCUACCUCAAAUGGAAGAUAUCGAUGACGAGGGGCUUUUGGAUCUUAGCCUUGCGAUUGUUACAGAUUCCGGGGUGGAGAGGAAGAGGAAGAGGAAGAGGAGGGAGGUUUUGGACAGCUUGAGUUCGUAUGAAGGCUGUGAAGGGUUGAUAUUCAAGCUCCUUCAGAUGAGAGAGCAAAUGUUAAAACUCGACCACAAAAGAAAAGGGGUGGUUGAAGAUGGAAAAGGCCUUCAUUUGAUCCAUUUGUUGCUUAUAACAGCCACUGCAGUCGAUGAAAACAACGUGAGCGUGGCUGCGGAGAACCUAAGGGAGCUGUACCAAAGCGUGUGCUUGAACGGCGACUCUGUGCAACGCGUGGUGGCCUAUUUCGCAGAUGGGUUGGCAGCAAAGCUUCUCACCCGGAAAUCCCCCUUCUAUGACAUGAUCAUGAAGGAACCGACGCCUGAGGAAGAGUUCUUAGCACACACCGAUCUCUACCGCGUGUCUCCAUACUACCAAUUCGCUCAUUUCACAGCAAAUCAGGCUAUAAUCGAAGCAUUUGAGGAGGAGGAAGAGAACAACAAUCGGGCAUUACAUGUAGUCGAUUUUGAUGUCUCAUAUGGCUUCCAGUGGCCUUCCCUUAUACAAUCCCUUGCUGAAAAGGCAACCAGUGGAAAUCGAAUCUCCCUCCGGAUAACAGGAUUCGGAAGAAGCUUGGACGAGCUACAAGAAACCGAGACUAGGCUGAUAAGCUUCUCAAAGGCUUUUCGGAACCUAGUAUUUGAGUUCCAAGGGCUAUUAAGAGGCUCCAAACUCACUAACCUGAGGAAAAAGAAGAAUGAAACAGUUGCCGCAAACUUAGUUUUUCAUCUCAACACCUUGACUAGUUUUUUGAAGAUUUCAGAAACUUUGAAAUCAGUACAUUCACUUAACCCCUCCAUUGUAAUCUUGGUGGAACAAGAAGGAAGCAGAAGCCCCCAAAGCUUCUUAUCGAGAUUCAUGGAGUCUUUGCAUUAUUUUGCAGCCAUGUUUGAUUCAUUGGAUGACUGCCUCCCACUGGAGAGUCCCGAGAGGUUGAGCAUCGAGAAGAACCAUCUGGGAAAAGAGAUCAAAAGCAUGUUGAACUACGACAAGGAUGAUACCAACUGUCCAAGAUAUGAGAAGAUGGAGACGUGGAAGGGAAGGAUGGAGAGCCAUGGAUUUACAGGGAUCAAAUUGAGCUCAAAGUCCAUGAUACAGGCCAAACUUCUUCUGAAAAUCAGGAGCCAUUACUGUCCUCUUCAAUUUGAUGGAGAGAGUGGUGGGUUUAGAGUUUUUGAAAGAGAUGAUGAAAGGGCUAUUUCUCUUGGGUGGCAAGAUAGGUGUCUGAUAACGGCCUCUGCAUGGCAUUGUAUAUGAUAGAUGAUGCUCGAUCUUCUUCUAACACAUUCAUCAUUUUUGCUAUAUAUUUUCUCCAUAGCAACUGUUUUAUCAUAUUCAAAUAAUGAAUCUCACAAUUAGAGAAUUGAAAUGCAAA